CAUACCUGUAUAUUGGCAACACUAAUUUGAAGGUGUCUUUUUAGCUGUCUGGAUUCCUGGCCAAAAAAUCAUGCGUUUUUUGUGAUUGUUUAAAUAUUCCGAAAUUGAAGAGUAAAUGGGAUGUGGGGCCAGUACUGCAAAUCAGGUUGCUCACAAGUUGGUUCAUGUGACCAGCUGUACUGGCCCUGAGACUGACCUCCAUGUGACCAGUGAAAACCAAGCUGACAGCACAACCCAGAAAACAAAUAAGGGACCAAUUUCCAAAACCAUGGAGUCUACCAAAGAUAAUGAGAAUACAUCAAAGGUUAAGGAAGAUCCUUCCUCAGAAAAAGAACUGGCAGACAGAAAGAUAGGUAAUGGGGAUGUGAAAGAUCCAGGGAACACCCAAGUGCCUGCUACCAAGCCUGAUGGUAAUGGAGAUGGCGACAGUGAUGAUGACAACAAGACGGAGAGACCAAAACUGAACAAAUGGCAGACAGCAGGGGAUGAGAAGCCAAAAGAAACUCUGGAAGAAUGCCUUGCAGGGAUUGAGGAAAGGGUAAACCUUCUGCGGGAUGCGGAUCUAGAAGUCUUCAAAACCAGUGAACUGACGGGGAAAAUGAGAUACUUGUCCAAUAGAACCAGGACUUCCUUUGCCCCAAAGUCUGUAAAAGUACAAAGGAAGAAAAUAAUGGAUUCUCAUUAUGGAGAAUUUUUUGUUAGAUUUCUGAAGUGGAGCUUUGAAGAGAAUGGGGGAGAAGUUUUAUUUGAAGGGUCAGCGGAUGCUAUGACGAACAUGAAGGUUGCCAUGGGGAUCAUAUGGAACUGUACUGAUAGGGGACCCGAAUGCUGUACAAAGGCUAUAGAAGUAGGAAUCAUUGAACUCACGUUAAGAAUCCUGCAGGAUGAGCGCCUGGCACCCAACGAGUUAACCACUGACUACUCACGCUUUCUGGUAAAGGCCAUUUUGGGAAUGUACCAUAAUAUCUCCCAAAACGUUCCAGAAAGUGCCCAAGUAUUUAGAAAUGCAAAUACCCUUGAAAUAUUAUCCAGAUUUCUACAAACGACUUUUUUGACAAUUAAAACCAAAACUCUUUUUGUUUUGGCUUACAUUACGACUGAAGCUGAAAAUGAUAUCUUGAAUGCCAGUGAUGCUAAUAUUCAUUUCAUGAUUGAGCUGUUAAAAGGCACAUUAGCAAAUGACAAGCACUAUUCUGUGAAAUCUGGGUAUAGAACAAGUGAGCUACUGCAUGCCUUGAACAAACUGGCCUCCAAUGAUGCAAACAAAGAGAAAUUGGUGGAGGGAGGUAUUCUUCCGAGCUGCGUCCAGCUUCUGAGGCCGGAGAAUUCGGAGGAGGAGCAAGUCCUGGCGGCCCAGUGUGUCUGGACUCUGGCCUUCAGUGAGGAAAAUAAACAGAAGAUACGAGAUGAACCAGGCCUAAUGGAAGUACUAGAAAGGACUGCCGCCAGUCCAAUAGACGAUAUCAGUCAGUCAGCAAGAGGAGCAUUAUGGGUAAUACAGGACAAGCUAGCGGAGAAAGCAAAUAUGCAGCCAGGUGAAGCAGAUGUCAAAUACACUCAGGAUGGUGAUGCUGAUGAUAAUGGUGGUGCCCCACAUGUCAUGAUCAGCUACAACUGGGGUUCUAAGCCCACCAUGCUGAGAGUGAGGGACUACCUGAGAACAUGUGGAUACAAGGUCUGGAUGGAUGUGGAUCACAUGACUGGCUCUACCCUAGAGGCUAUGGCGCAUGCAGUGGAGAAGGCAGCUGUGAUAUUGAUCUGUAUGUCUCAGCAGUACAAGGACAGUCCCAGCUGUAGAACUGAGGCUGAGUAUGCAUAUCGUCUUAGAAAAGAUGUUGUCCCUCUGAGAUUACAGCAACAGUAUUUACCAGAUGGGUGGCUGGGUAUAAUGCUUGGAACAAAGCUCUGGUUUGACAUAAGUACUGAAGAAUUUGUCAACGAGAACCUUCCACGAGUGGCCAAAGAGAUAGGACCAAGAGGUCGGGUCAAUGGAACGGUCAACGGGGGAAUUUCAGGAUCCCCAGAGAGACCUAUUAGCCUCAGUACACAAGAAGUAGUUGUUGAAGCAGCACCUAAGCCAGCACCAGUGCCAGCCCCAAGCAGCAGUGUCAAGAAACCAGUGUCUUCGCCUCAUUCUAUGUUUCCUGAAUCAAAGCCCCAGAAUGCACCACCCAAAAUGGUGUUGUCAGAGCCUCAAAUCGCUGGCCCGAUACUAUGGCAACACAGGGAUUGGACUGAGGAAGAUAUAAAGAAAUGGCUAGAGGAUAAUGAUCUGGCACAUAUUGCACAGAGGUUUUCUGGCUUUAAUGGAAAGUUACUGGGGCAACUGGUCAAGAUGUCGUUCACGGCACCAGGGUUUUUCUACAAGAUGCUGAAAGAGGAACUGAACCUCAGUUUACUGGACAUUCUUAAAGUAAUGGAGGGAUUGGAGCAGCUACAGUGUAAUGAUAAAGGAUAGGUAGACAAAAGUAUUGUAAAUUGAAGUUGUUUGAUAGUUUGGGUUGGUUAGAUCUGUUUGUUUUGCUCUGUUACUGUCCUGGUAACUGUUUUUCAGGGUCAUGUAAGUAACUUAAGAAGUGUGUGCAUGUUUUUUUUUUUUUUUUUAAUAAAUUGAAGUUCUCCUGGAGUCAGAGGCAUUCUAUCUAGCCCCCCCCCUCCCCCUGAAAAAAAAAAAAAGAAAGAGGUGGAUAAAAGGAUGCCUCUUAUCUCUUCCCCACCCACCCACCCACUGUGCUGG